AAAACAAAUAAAAAUAUAGACUUCAUUAUCUUCAGAAAAAAUAGCAAUGGCUAAGGUAAAGAGUGGUAUGACGAUUAUGAUGAUAAUGGCAAUGGCCAUGGCCAUGGUUGCAUCUGCCAAUCCAGGAACUGCUACUUUCUAUACUCCGCCUUAUGUCCCUUCUUCAUGCAAUGGAUUUCAAGACGACGGGGUUAUGAUCGCCGCCGCGAGUGACACUAUAUGGAACAACAGGGCGGCCUGCAAUACAAAUUAUCGUGUAAGGUGUACCGGACCCACCAAUGCCGGCGUGCCGCAGCCUUGCCGGGGUGACUCGGUCGUCGUAAAAGUCGUGGAUUAUUGUCCUCCUCCGGGGUGUCAAGGAACCAUUGACCUUUCUGAAGAGGCUUUUUCUGCAAUUGCUGACCCUAGUGCUGGCAAAAUCAACAUCGAGUAUGAGCAGGUUUAAGAGGCAGUUAAAGACCAUCGAACUGCAAGUGACAAGUGACAAUCUGAUGAUAAUGAAAUCUAAUUAAGCAGUCGUUAAUUAAUGUCAGUAACUUACAUGCUGAAAUGUUGCUUAUAAUCUAAAUAUGAAUCCAGGAGGAAUAUUCUCUU